GUACAGAGGCGCCGCGUUUGUGCUUCGCACACUGUAGUCUUCUCAUCCGAGGCAUGCGGAUCCAUCCCUCUACGUUAUUAUUUUCUUUGUACUUCCAGUUUACGUUCUUUUAUCAUUUCACUAUGACAUCUUCACACAACCUGCAGGACACGAGCUUCGUAUCUUUACUCGUCAUCGUCACCGCUUUGACACUUUGCCUUUGUCCCUUAUCGUUCCUUUCUCCGUUCUACCUGGAACAUGUGAGCCACCCAAGCUACCCGCUACGAUACUUAAGGAGCACUGUAACAGUUCGCACGUCAUUAAAUCAAAAGUAUUCUCCUAGCGUUUCAGAGUCCAUCAUCUCAGCCCGAAUUCAAGUCUGGUUCUCAACAUCUAUCCGUCUUAUUUUCGUCUCGAUCUCCCCCUUCGAACUUGCAUCUCACACUAAGUUCUUCUUGUGAAGCCACAACUAGACUAGCAUGCUGUAGAUAAUGUC